AUGCUAGCCCGAAAGAGCAUCAUCCCCGAGGAAUAUGUCUUGGCCAGGAUCGCAGCUGAGAACCUGCGCAAACCAAGACUCCGCGACAGGCAGCGCAAGGCUCGCUUUGUAGCCAAGAAUGGGGCCUGCAAUGUGGCACACAAGAACAUUCGAGAACAAGGCCGCUUUCUACAGGAUGUCUUCACCACCCUAGUGGACCUCAAGUGGCGCCACACAUUGGUCAUCUUCACCAUGUCCUUCCUCUGCAGCUGGCUGCUGUUCGCCAUGAUGUGGUGGCUGGUGGCGUUUGGACACGGGGACAUGGACAUCCUGGAGAACCAUAAGAACUGGGAGCCCUGUGUGGCCAAUGUCAGGUCGUUCACAGCGGCAUUCCUCUUCUCCAUAGAGGUUCAAGUGACGAUCGGAUUUGGCGGGAGGAUGAUGACUGAGCAGUGCCCGAUGGCUAUCACUGUCCUCAUAAUGCAAAACAUUGUGGGCCUAAUCGUGAAUGCCGUCAUGCUCGGCUGCAUCUUCAUGAAGACAGCACAAUCCCACCGAAGGGCAGAGACUCUGAUCUUCAGUCGCCAUGCGGUCAUAGCCGUCAGGAAUGGCCGCCUAUGCCUGAUGUUCCGGGUUGGAGAUUUGCGGAAAAGCAUGAUCAUUAGUGCCUCAGUGAGAAUUCAGGUUGUACGGAAAACAGUCACGCCAGAAGGGGAGGUGAUCCCCAUCCACCAAAUCGACAUCCCAGUGGACAAUCCAAUUGACAGUAACAACAUCUUCCUAGUGUCUCCGCUGAUUAUCUGCCACAUCAUAGACAAGAGAAGCCCCCUCUAUGACAUCUCGGCAUCUGACCUGCUUAGCCAAGAUCUGGAGGCAAUCGUCAUACUGGAGGGUGUUGUAGAAACGACUGGGAUCACCACUCAGGCCCGGACCUCCUACAUCCCAGAGGAAAUCCUGUGGGGUCACCGCUUCGUGUCCAUUGUCUCAGAGGAAGAAGGUGUAUAUUCAGUGGACUAUUCCAAGUUUGGCAACACGGCAAAAGUGGCCACUCCAAGAUGCAGUGCUCGAGAACUGGAUGAGAAGCCUUCCAUCCUCAUCCAGACGCUUCAGAAGAGUGAGCUGUCCCAUCAAAACUCACUGCGGAAACGCAAUUCCAUGAGAAGGAACAAUUCAAUGCGAAAGACCAACUCUAUGAGAAGGAACAACUCUGGACUCAUCAUGCCAAAGGUCCAGUUUAUGGCACCAGAACAGAACGCAUCGGAUACAUGA